AUGUCUUUGGUAACUCUCCUAGCGACGUCGCUGCCAUCAACCACGCUGGUAUCUGCCCAACUCUUUCUGGUCCACCUGACUAUGAGAAUAAUGGAUACUGCAGGGUUGAGAUUGUUGAGACUCGGGAUAUUGAUAUUAUCGGAACGAAUUAGUAUCAUCGAGAAGAUCCGUGAUCGGGUCGGAACCAACAACUAA